UUUAAUUGCAAAUUUAUUCACUGCGUAACUGUUGUUGAUAGUUCUCUUUCCGGUCGUCACCAUGAAGGUCGAACUUUGUGCGUUCAGCGGCUACAAAAUCUACCCAGGCCAUGGGAAAAGAAUGGUCAAAAUUGACGGGAGGGUCUUCAAUUUCGUCAAUGCAAAAUGUGAGCGAUCCCAUUUGAUGAAGAGGAACCCCCGUAAGAUCAACUGGACAGUGCUCUACAGGAGGAAGCACAAGAAGGGCCAGACUGAGGAGAUCUCAAAGAAGAGGACACGUCGUACCACAAAGUACCAGCGAGCUAUCACGGGUGCAACACUCACAGACAUCAUGGCCAAGAGGAACCAGAAACCCGAAGUCAGGAAGGCACAAAGGGAACAGGCCAUCAGAGCUGCUAAAGAAAAAAACAAGGCAAAGGAUGCUGUCAAGAAGGCCACCAAGGCUGCAGCUCCCAAGCAGACAAAUAAGACGAAAGCUACAAGGAGUGCACCAACGAGCAAGCCUCGUGUUGGAGGAAAGCGAUAAAUUCCUCUAUAUAAAUUAUUAUAAUAAAUUCGUCUUCUGGUGA